AUGGAUCGGAGGCCGGUCUAUGAGAGGACUCUUACUGAGUCCGAGCUGCUCGAGCAGCUACCGAGUGGAAUCUCGACUUUCAUUCGGACUGCAUCGGGGACUCAACACCUCCACGCUCUUGCGCUUGGCGCAUUAAACAACGAAUUUACAGAGAGCAUUUUCAGACUCUAUGAACCGAUUUUUGUCGAUCUUGCAGCUCGAUGGCUUCAAUCGGAUUUACAUGCCGACUACAUUCAUGUAUUAGCGGCAUUCGCGCAGAUUUUACCAUUUGCGCCGCAUCUGCGGUCGCUUGCCAGUCAAUAUGCCUCAUCACAGACUGGACCUUUGGCGGCCUUGGCCGUGUCGAAGGAAUUAACACUGCUACAGUUGGACCAACCUAGCAUUCGACUCCUACUCCUCGCCCUCUUCCGACUUCUUUCGUUUGAUCUUGAAACCUUCUCUCCCAUCGUUUCACCGCUUCAACUUCAGUCCCUCUUCCAAUCUCAAGACCGAGUGACACGAUACCUUGCUGUACGAUGCUUUGCCUUAUAUAUGCACGCCGCGGAUGCGGCGACCGAAAAGAUGGUCCGCGUCAAUACUGGGACGGAGCCUAUAGAAGGAGAGUGGGAAGGCACUCUUAUCGAUUACCGUGUGCUAGGAUUGUGGGAAGAACGGCGAUGGGAGACUCUUGGAAGAAUUAUCGAGAACGAGAGGUCAUCCAGAACGGAAACUAACACUCUAGCGUUGAUCGAGAGGACACGGGAAUCUUUCACAACCAAGACCGCAGAGAUCUGCGGAGUUUUGAUUCCCAGGUUGAAAGAUACCCCCUCGGCUCCUUCGUCUGUUGUCAAGACCUCAACCACAGUUGAGAACCUGCGCCGGAUUGCAGGGUCGCUACUCGGACACAAACCCAUCCUGUUGGUCGGUUUGCCCAACUCUGGGAAAACCUCUUUGAUUAACGACAUUGCUGCCACAAUGGGCCAAGCUGAAACUAUGGUCACGCUUCACCUGAACGAGCAGACAGAUGCAAAGAGUCUCCUUGGAAUGUAUGCCACUUCAUCCGCCUCUGGAUCUUUCUCUUGGCAGCCCGGUGUAUUGACCAAGGCUGCACGCGAAGGCCGCUGGCUGUUGAUUGAAGAUCUUGAUCGUGCUCCCUCUGAAGUAAUGGGCCUCAUUCUCCCGAUCAUUGAGAGGGGCGAGCUCACGAUACCAAGUCGGAGGGAGCGAAUCAAGUGUGCCGAGGGCUUCAAAAUCAUCGCAACCAUGAAGUCAUCGUACAACAUAGCUGGCGAUGAGAUUGCACCAAGCACUUCAAUGCUUGGAAGCAGACUUUGGGAGAGAGUGCAAGUCAAGUCCCUUCCCGUGGAUGAGAUGCGUGAUGUCAUCCUGCAAAAAUUCUCGUUGCUCGAGUCUCGUGUGCCAACUCUCAUGAACGUUUACGGACGAGUAUGCUCUGCAUUCCAUGGAAGUCUUGCAAUCAAGGGCUCCCAAGGUCGUACCCCGGGUUUCCGUGAUUUGAUCAAGUUGUGCAGCCGUCUGCACAAUCGCUUACACCGCAUGGGUGCGAAGACUGGCUAUGAGCCCACCUCAGAAGGUACCGAGGAUGAAAUAUUCCUCGACAUUGUUGACGUGUUCCUCAAAUAUCUCCCCGAGAAGUCAAUGCAAAGCACUCUCGCCGCCGUUGUGGCCGAAUCGCUUCAAAUCUCACCCCAGCGAGCGCAAUACUGUCUCAAUGAACGCACUCCCUCUUAUACUGACAAGAACAACAGCGUUGUUCUUGGUAGAGAAACCUGCAACAAGAUCAAAGUACCAAGUGGAUCUGCAUUGAAGCUUGCCGCAGCAGCUUCGCGAUUUGCUCCCACUCGAGCGGCAUUGACCCUUAUGGAACAGGUGGCUGCCUCAAUCCAGAUGGCAGAGCCCGUUUUACUUGUGGGAGAAACUGGUAUCGGAAAGACCACAGUCAUCCAGCAUCUUGCAUCUUUGAUGCGCCAGAAGCUCACAGUAGUGAAUUUGUCGCAACAGAGUGAAAGCACUGAUCUUCUGGGUGGUUUCAAACCCGUCAGCAUCCGUACAAUGGCAGUCCCAAUGCUGGAUGAAUUCACCCAGCUCUUUGAACUGACCUUCUCGGCCAAAAAGAACCAGAAGUUCUUGUCCUCGAUAUCGAAGAGUGCCGCAUCUUCCAAUUGGGUACGAUUGGUGACCUUGUGGCACGAAGCCGUUCGUCUUGCAAAUGGCGUGUUCAAUCCCCCGAAUGCCGCAGCUGAGAAUGGCGAUGAACAGCCAGCCAAGAAACGCAAGCUGGAUUCUCCCAAAUACCAGCACUUGCGGCAAAGAUGGGAGAGCUUUGCGACCCAGCUCGGAGAUUUCGAGGCUCAGGUAUCACAAGGUGAUGCCAAAUUUGCCUUUGCCUUCGUCCAAGGUAAGAUUGUGAGAGCUCUGAGAAACGGCGAAUGGGUCCUCCUGGACGAAGUGAACUUGGCUUCCCCUGAUACCCUUGAGAAUAUUGCCAGUCUUCUGCACCAUGGUAGUGAGGGGACACCCUCUGUUCUUCUGUCCGAGGCCGGCGACGUUGAGAGAGUCUUCGGCCAUCCGGAAUUCCGUAUCUUCGGUGCUAUGAACCCUGCAACAGAUGCCGGAAAGAGAGAUCUACCCCCCGGUCUGCGUUCCCGGUUCACCGAAUUCUAUGUGCACUCGCCCGAUAGCGACUUGGACGAUCUAUUGGCCUUGAUUCAGAAAUACCUCGGCGACUUGACAAUCAGUGACCAGCGGGCUGUGCCAGACCUCGCACAGCUUUACAUGAUCACCAAGAAGCUCAGUAAUGAGAACAAGCUUACCGACGGAGCUGGACAGCGACCCCACUUCAGUAUCCGUACUCUUGUUCGUGCUUUGAUCUAUGUCAUCGACCACGCACAUGUCUAUGGGCUACGUAGAGCGAUGUUUGAGGGUUUCAGUAUGAGUUUCUUGACCGUGCUGAGCUUGAACUCCGAACAAGCUUUGAUUCCUCUGCUUGAGCUUCAUAUCUUCGGCAACGCGAAGAACGCCAGGUCUCUUCUCGGACAGACCCCUCGCCCACCAACGGAUGGUAAUGAUUAUGUGCAAUUCAAGCACUACUGGAUGCGCCGCGGUCCUAUGGUUCCGGAGGAGCAACCUCACUACAUCAUCACCCCAUUCAUCGAGAAGAAUUUGAAGAACUUGGUCCGUGCCAGUUCAACCCGACGAUUCCCCGUUCUGCUUCAAGGUCCGACCUCAGCCGGAAAGACGAGUAUGAUCGAGUACUUGGCAAAGGUCUCUGGAAACAAGUUUGUACGAAUCAACAACCACGAGCAUACUGAUUUGCAAGAGUACUUGGGAUCUUACAUCUCCUCGGACGAUGGAAGCCUACGUUAUCAAGAGGGUGUGUUGGUGGAGGCACUGCGGAACGGUUAUUGGAUUGUGCUGGAUGAGCUGAAUCUGGCACCUUCUGAUGUUCUUGAAGCCCUUAACCGACUCCUCGACGACAACCGUGAGCUUUUCAUUCCCGAGACCCAAGAAGUUGUUCACCCGCACCCGAACUUCAUGCUCUUUGCCACGCAAAAUCCGGCUGGUCUGUACGGUGGCCGAAAGGUCCUGUCACGCGCCUUCAGGAACCGUUUCCUCGAGUUGCACUUCGAUGAUAUCCCAGAAAGCGAACUGGAAUUUAUUCUGAAGGAACGUUCUCAAAUCGCCCCCUCCUUCUGCACACGGAUUGUUGCUGUCUACCGCAAAUUGUCCUUGCUGCGCCAGUCUAAUCGACUCUUCGAGCAAAAGAACAGUUUUGCCACUCUGCGUGAUCUUUUCCGAUGGGCUCUACGUGAUGCCGAUGAUCGCGAGCAGCUAGCCAUCAACGGUUACAUGCUUCUCGGCGAACGUGUUCGCAAUCCCCAAGAGAAAGCCGCCGUUAAGGCCGUGAUCGAGGAAGUGAUGAAGGUAAAACUGGACGAGGAUGCUUUGUACAGCUCUGCAGAGCUAGAAAAGAAUGCACCUGAGAUGAGCGAGCUUCCAGCCGGUAUUGUGUGGACUAAAGCCAUGCGACGACUGUUUGUUCUCGUUUCCAAGGCCCUCAAGAACAACGAGCCGGUCCUCCUUGUCGGAGAAACCGGUUGCGGUAAAACCCAGCUAUGCCAGGCCGUUGCCGAAGCUUUCCGACGCGAGUUGUUCAUUGUCAACGCUCAUGUGAAUCUGGAAACCGGCGACUUGAUUGGUGCACAACGGCCUAUCCGAAACCGGGCCGCAAUCGAGAAGCAGCUCGUCGAUGACCUUCAGAUGCUUCUUCACGGGCAGCUAAGCGGCGCGUCUUUCGAUGAAUUGAAGCAGGAAUUCACAGCAUUGACUGCGGAGCAGCGUCAAGCCAAGGAUCAACUUCUCUUGCAGAAGAUUGAGAAGAACGCUAUUCGUUGCAAUGCCCUGUUUGAAUGGUCCGACGGAAGCCUGAUCACCGCAAUGAAGACCGGUCAAUUCUUCCUUCUUGACGAAAUUUCUCUCGCAGAUGACUCCGUUCUUGAGAGACUUAAUAGUGUUCUGGAACCUGCUAGGUCCAUUCUUCUCGCCGAGAAGGGCCCCGUUGAUUCAAUGGUUGUGGCAGAUGGUGGAUUCCAAUUCUUAUCCACUAUGAACCCUGGAGGUGAUUACGGAAAGCGUGAGCUUUCGGCUGCUCUUCGCAAUCGUAUGACAGAAAUCUGGGCGCCUCAGCUGUCUGAGGAUGAGGAUAUCCUGCCAAUUCUCUCACAGAGAUUGAACCUGAAGGAGGAGAACGUGGCAAAGGCUAUGCUGCAGUUCGCCAAGUGGUUCAAAGUAACCUUCCAGAACAGCUCUGCCACGUCGCUCUCGAUUCGUGACCUUCUUGCCUGGGUUGACUUUGUCAACACUUGUCAAAGCGCAGACACUGAAUUCGCUAUCGUACAAGGUGCCGCGAUGGUUUUCGUCGACACCUUGGGUGCCAACCCUGCUGCAAUGCUUGCUAUCUCCCUCAACAAUCUCGAGGGUAACCGCAAGUCAUGCCUCGACAAGCUGAGCGAACUGUUCAAUGUUGAUGCUUUCAAGAUCUACUGGGAAUCGACUACUGUCUCUGCGGAACCUGGCGUUCUGCGCGUGGGGCCCUUCGCUCUCCCUACGGCUGGCACAGCAGACCCCGAUCCUCAAUUCACAAUGGAUGCCCCAACCACAAUCGCCAACUCCGUGAGAAUUGCUCGUGGUUUGCAGUCCUCGAAGCCUAUUCUUAUGGAAGGAAGCCCAGGUGUGGGUAAGACUACACUUGUGACGGCCCUAGCCAGAGCUCUUGGCAAACCUCUCACUCGAAUCAACCUUUCGGAACAGACAGAUCUUACAGAUCUGUUCGGUUCAGACGUUCCAGUGGAAGGAGGGGAUGUCGGGCAAUUCACUUGGCGUGACGCACCGUUCCUACGAGCCAUGCAGCGUGGUGACUGGGUUCUGCUGGAUGAAAUGAACUUGGCCUCACAAUCUGUCCUUGAAGGUCUCAACUCUUGUCUGGAUCAUCGUCAGCAAGUGUACAUCGCUGAGCUGGACCAAACAUUCAAGAGACACCCCGAUUUCGUGCUCUUUGCCGCCCAGAACCCUCACCACCAGGGUGGUGGCAGAAAGGGUCUUCCUGCAUCUUUCGUUAACCGAUUCACGGUGGUCUAUGCAGACAGCUUCACUGAUGAUGACUUGAAAACUAUUUGUUCCAGGCUUUUCCCUGGCAGUCCCUCUGUGCAGACAGAGAGAUUGGUCGAUUUCAUUUCUCUCUUGAACCAGGCGAUCACGCGAGAUCGUCGAUUGGGAGCCAUUGGUGGGCCAUGGGAAGUUAAUCUGCGUGAUAUCCAGCGAUGGCUUCAACUUGCCGACCGAGGAACCCUGCAGAUCCAGACCAAGCACUUCCUUGAUGUCGUUAUCAGCCAGCGAUUCAGAAGCGAAGAGGAUCGUAACAUGGUCUCUCAGAUCUAUGACCGUGUUUUCACGGACUCGGACACAGGCUUGAAGAGCUACUUCCACAACCUCACCCCCGAGUACUUGCAGGUCGGCCUAGGCAUUUUGACCCGUGAUCCUCUUCUGCAGCGCUUGGCCGAGCCUAAUAUGAGGGUCCUACCAAAGGAUCUUCACAUUGUCGAGUCACUCAUUCUAUGUAUUGAUAACUCCUGGCCGAGCAUCCUAGUCGGACCUGCUGGAUGUGGCAAAACCACUCUCAUCAGAAAGCUGGCAGCGGUUAACGGUGCAAACCUCGUCGAGCUAGCGCUGAGUGCUGACACUGAUACUAUGGAUCUCAUUGGUGGAUUUGAACAAAUCGACCACCGCAGAGAGGUUUCAGGCUUUGUCCAUGAUAUUGAGAUGUUCUUGCGAAGCCAGCUCAUCCAAUGCUUUGCUUCAGGGGAUGUAUCUGAUGUUGUGAUUUCUGCACUCCACAUCUGCGAGCAUUUACAGUCUGCAGACAUCUCACUGGAGAAUGUCAUUCCCUCGCUUUCCAGCCUUUGCCAGUCUUCUUCUGACCCUGCCUACCAGCAAUUCCUCGAGAGAGCCCAGAAGUUGUUGAAUGCUAUUCAACAAUCCGACAAAAUGAAGGUUGGAUUUGAAUGGACAGAAGGUGUCCUCACUCAGGCUGUCCAACAAGGAAAUUGGGUUAUUCUUGACAACGCCAACCUGUGCAAUCCAUCCGUUCUCGAUCGAUUGAAUUCUUUGACGGAGCCGAAUGGCACACUCAUUCUGAAUGAGCAACGGACAGAGGAUGGAUCUGCCAAGAUCAUUACGCCCCAUCCCAACUUCAGAAUCUUCUUGACCAUGGAUCCCCGCAAUGGCGAGCUGUCUCGUGCCAUGAGGAACCGCUGUACCGAAAUCUGUUUCCUGCCAAGCGAGCUGCAAGACAUCAAGCCUACUAUAGGCCCAUCCUACACCUGCGAAUCGUUCCUCUAUCGCCUUCGCCAUAUCUGGAACUUGGAUAUAUCCCUGGCGUCGUCUGCCUUUGAAAACGCUCUCGAGGUGUGCUUGGAUCAUCUUUCACCAGCGGAUCUGGCCUACCUUCAACAGUCGCCAAGCAACCGUUUGGCUAUCAAUUCCGAGACCAACGGAGAAGAGAAGCCAUCCAAUGUUCUGCAGCGCUAUGCCUCUCUGUUCCAUGACAACAACCAAUGGAAGCCGCUUGAGAUCGCCACCGGCGAGAUUGUGCUUGGAGGAGCUCACCUUGGUAUCCAAGGAAUGUUGCAGCCUCUUCACCCGCUCACAAACGAGCCACUGCUGGCUAUUGCAGGAACCAGCGAUUUCCGGUCUAGUUUGGUUGUCUUGGCAUAUCUCCAGGAGUUGAGACUUGAUAUUCAUCGCCUCAGGGAAGGUUUGAUUCAAGCCGACAUCUCUGGAAAAGAGCUUAAGCCUAGCCAAAUGACACGAUUGGAGCGGUCAUUGGCAUCUGAGCGGAUCCCUGCAUUGAUGAAGGACACGACGCAACCUGUUGCCUCGUUCUUGUCUGAUUGUGGCCAGGCUCUGUAUGACUAUAUCCAGUCGUUGGAUCAGAUCUCCCUCCAAGGCCCCGUGAUAGUCGCAGCCCUUCGGGCCGUGAUCUGUCUAUGCUGGGACAUCUACAGAGCUACAGAGGUGAGCCAGGUUGAUGAAGGAGAAUUCCAAGUUUAUCUUCAGAUGGGCCGGAAGAUCUGCGGGUCAUUGCUCGACUCGUCGCCUCUCCUGGAACCGCUCCAAGUCGCUUUGUCACAAGCUCUGGAUCGGUUCCGGGAAGGCUGGGCUUUGACAAGUGGUCUUAGCAUGCAAAGAAUCUGGGAUUCUUGGAGACAUGUCACUCCCAUCUCUCAAGAUAAGUUGGAUUCUCUGACCGAGUUGGAGUCAACAGUCCUAGAAUUCACAACUUUGGCUUUGCAAACCCGCGUGCCACUGUCUCAAUUGAGUCGUGUACGCGAUUCAUUGAUUGAGGCCCAGCGAUUCAUCCUCCUGGAUGGCGCUGAUGGUGACGUACUUGUUCAGGGUAUCAAACAAACCGUGGCUGAGCUAUCUCAUGCAGUUCGACGCUCAGAGUCAACUGAGUAUCCAUACUUUGCCAACGAGUUCGAAGCUCUUUGCCAGUACCACGACAUCUCCUCAUUCUUCCAGAACCCUGUCAAUGAUACAGUCAUCCAGACAGUCAUGCCACUCCUCGCUGGUCGUACAGCUCGUCCGUUGGACGCAUCGAAUUUCCAGAGCGACGUGCCAAAUAUUCUCCACAGAAUCUCGCUCUUUGCGGGCUCUUCAAGCAAAUCCGAGUCCGCGCUUGCUACUGGUGGCAUCGUCUCUCUGUCGCUAUUGGAGAGGCUGACAGCUAUCGGCAAUACCAAAUUGGGACAGAUGGACAUGCUUGAGGCAGAGAAACAAGCCCUCUCCAAGGCUAUUUCCCUGAGCAGUCAGCAGAUCACAACAGAUCAGUCAAUGGACCUCAGACGUACUAUCGCUAAGCUUACAGCCGAGCUGGUGGCUUGUCACCGGGAGUUCUUCGACCCUCGCUCAGCCGAGCAUCUCAUCUCGGUUCUGCAAGCAAUUCAAAAGGGUGAUCUUUGCGUUGAACAGCCACCUGUUAAGGUUGAGCUGGACCAAAGCUUGCAAAAUGCUCACUUCCUUAAGCCCCUCGCCGAGCAGGCUCUACCAACUCUGAUUUCGUCCCUGCGAACGCAGCCAUCAAACCAACAGCAGAGCAUCCGAACUACUGGACUGGCGGCGGUACAGCUGGCAGUCAUUCUUCUACGUCUGUUUGUGCCCGACAAGACAUUUGACCCUUCUCUCGGUCUCGUUGUCCAACGCAAACGCCACUCUCAACGCCUCCAAGAAUUCACUACCAAGUCUGCAGCAAUUCUUGCCUUUGAGAAGACUUUCACCAGCCAGGUUUCCAACCUCCGGUCUGAGCUUUUGGAUAAUGAAAUUCGUGAUUUGGGUUCCGCCCCGCCUCCUUCACUGGUCAACCGGCCUCGGCAGUCCCAAUUGAGUCUCUUGCAGGGAGAGUUCAUCAACUUGAUCAACUCUGUCCUGAAGAGAGACCCCGAGCAAAUGAUCCGCUCCACCGAACCUCAGUCCCGAGAUAUGAUCCAACUUCUGCGCAACAACAUCAAACAAUUGAGCAGCCGCCUCAGCACUCACUACAGAUCCUAUGAUGAUAUUACAGUGCCCGUGGUUCGUUUCUUGCAGCUUUUGGACCUUGGUGUAUUCCUGGCUUCUAGCCAACCGGAAGAGUCUAGCGAUAUUCCUGACAUUCAGUCUCUGAGCGAGCGAACACCCUUCUUGGGAGGAAUUCGCCACCCCGUCUUUGCUCAAAACCAGAAGGCUCCGGGAACCCUGAAGAAUGCAAACGAAAUGCGCCUUCAAGAACUGUCGGCCCUUUGGGCCGCCAAGGACGCGGAUUCCACAAUCCUGGAUACAAAGGCUGGACGAGAGAUCAUUCGCCGGGUUUUCGCUGAUUUCCAUCAACUGUGGAAGGCCAAGCUUGAAGAAGAUCGGGAACAGGAAGCUGAAAAGGGAGAAUUGUACCGCUUCAAGGGAUCUUGGGAAGAGGAAGAAGAAGUCAACGAAGCCGAGCUACACGCACUCUUCCCUACCUUCGAUGAAGAGCCAAUUCAAGACACAGAAACGACCGAUUUCGCUGCCCGUAUCGACCCCAAGAGCAUCGCUCUCCGGCUUGCCUCGCUUCAUGCAAACAUCGUCUCAAAUGAGCGCAGUGGAACUGCACUGACUACCUUUGUCAAGCAAUCAGGCCAUCUUCUGGGCUCGAUCUGGUCUGACAACAAGGCCUCAUUCUCGCCGAUGUCGCCCCAAAACCAUCUUCCUGCAGUUCUUCUCCUUCUCGAUGAUGCCAUAGGCGAGGGAACCGACAAUCACAAAAAGAAUUACAACUUCUACACUGAUUCAAACCUCGAAGAGGCAAGGAAGCUUGUCGCUCUCGCGAUUUCUGUCCAAGCUCGCUUCGCCCAAAUCCAAAUCGCCUGGCCUGAACAUGUUGUCCUCGCUGAUACCAUUCAAUGCUGCGUGGAAAUCCUUCAAUUCAAACACACUGAACCUGUUGCCAAGUUCAUGACCAAGGUUGAAAAGCUUCAUUCAUUCGUGCAUGAGUGGCAGACCGUGGCCAGCAGAGAAUACUCAGCUGUUACUGUCUACGAUGAGAUUACAAGUAUUCUCAUUAGCUGGCGCCGUCUUGAGCUGUCAACUUGGGCAAAGCUCUUGGAUCUCGAGAAAGAGCGAUGCGAGGAUGAGGUGAGUGCUUGGUGGUUUAUCGCUUACGAAGCACUUAUCGGUGCUCCCAUCAUGAUGGUCGAGGCAGGCGAACAGGACAUGACUGAGCACACCCAAAACUUGGUAUUGACUCUGGAGCAAUUCUUCAAGUCUACAACUACCGGCCAAUUUGCUCGCCGUCUACAGCUUGUUGCCAACUUCCAAGCACUACUUCAAGUUUUCAGCACAGAUUAUCCCUGCCUCAAGAAGCUUGUCUCUGCCCUGGACAACUUCCUCCACCACUACGGACCCUUCCAGCCUGGAGUGGACAAGUAUCUGACAGAAAAGCGGUCCACUCUUGAGAAGGAUAUCAAGGAGCAGAUCCAACUUGCCAGUUGGAAAGAUGUCAACAUUGUUGCUUUGAAGGAAAGCGCCAGAAGGUCGCACGUUAAGCUAUUCAAGCUGGUUCGAAAGUACCGCGCGGCCCUUGGCCAACCAGUUCAAUCAAUCCUUGAAGCAGGCCUUCCGGAAAGCACCGAGGAGAUCACUUCGAUGUCCCAAGCAGAGCCAGUUCGCCCCACUGCCACGUUCCCAGAGGCAAUGGCCAUCUGCCAAAAUGACAAGAGCCUGUGGUCCACUCGAGCGCUCAGAUUCCAGAAGCCGGAUGGAACAGCCAACAACAUGAUGAACCUAUAUUCGUCAAUUCCAGCCGAGUUCGACAUUGCGAAGGACCUCGACAGCUUCAUUGUCUCGGUGAUUGAAAGCAUGAAUGAGUACAAGUCCAAGACACCCAAGGUCCUGAACGAAGACAACAAGGAGGACGUCCAGCACCUCAAGUCCCAGAAACGCCGUCUCUAUGCUGAGACCCUCAAGCAACUAUAUGAGAUGGGUGUGAAACGUAAUGCUGGAUCGAGUGUGAUCGAAACUCAAGAAACUGUUCCGCAGGUUCUUGCCACCAGUGCCGCCUUUGAGGCUGGUGCUGCAACCUCAACUGCAGUUCAGAGCGCCGACUGGUACUUCCACAGACUUUUGGAUCUCCUGCCCAAGACCCGCCUGGCCUCUCGCAACUAUUCCGAGGAGCUAAGCAACGUCGAGGUUCACAGAAGCAUGGGAUCUAUUGAGCAUCUUGUUUUCACAGUCCGUCGCCAGAGAGGUGUCAUUUCGCCUGCCCUCACAGGCUUGGGCAAGUUGAAGUCUACGCUUGACAAGGUGCAGAACCUUUGGACAGCGGCUUCAAACUCUCUGUCACAAGACCGUGCUUCUGCGUCGGAAGAGCGAGCCAACCUGGCCAGAAUCGUGGCUUGGCUGGCUCCUAUUCUUGGACUGGCUGCAAUGAUCAUUGGAGUGCAUUCCAAGUUCUCGGGAAUUGAUGCAUCCAAGAUUGUGGAACAGCUCCGCGCCAAGAAGGCAUUUUUCGAUAGCCUACGCAAGUCGCACGAAGCCCUUCCCAUGCUUCCCACCCGGAUUGCGUCUAACGCAAAUUACGAGAUAGCGCAGCAGGCAAAGUCAUCGCUCGAUGAAUUGGCUGCUGACUUGAAGCAAUGGAGUCAAGCUCGCCCUGAUCUGUCCUUCGCGCUGGAUCAGAUCACACCUUGGGUCAACACAAACAUCGCUGCUCACCCUGAGGUCAACGAUGAGAACAGCCUGUCCAUCCAAGCCUUCGAUAGCAGCCUCCUGACAGCCAUUGACAAAAUGCUCAUUGGCCUCCAGAAGCUCAAGGAGGUGCCUUCUGCCAUCACAUUUGAAGGAUUGCUGUCGAGGAGUGAUGAGUUCUUCUCUCGCGGUAUUAAGGCUGUUCAUCUCACCGAGAUCACCACCGCAUUGGAGAAGGUCCUUGAUCAAUUGCACCGUCUGCAAGACGACUCCGCUGGCGGCCUCUCAAUUGCUGCCGCACUGAUCACCAGUAUCCUGCCUAUCGCCAACAGAUACUACCAAAUCUGCCGGGAUCUGGCUGAUCGGUUCAUCGCAGUUCAUCGCGAGAUCUGUAAGACAUCCUACAUCCUGACCAAGACCUUCAAACAGGUCGCCUCCGAAGGCUUCUGUAGUCCUGCCGAAGCAUCUCAAGAUCAAGGCAAGGAGGGCCAGAUGGAAAGUGGCACGGGUCUCGGUGAAGGCGAAGGCGCGGAAGAUAUCAGCAAAGAUGUUGGCGAUGACGAAGAUCUUACUGAGUUGGCGCAACAAGAAAACAAGAAAGAGGACGGUGAUGAUGAGAUGGAUGAUUCCAAGGACGCUGUCAACAUGGAUCAGGAAGAGUUGGAAGGCGAUGCUGAGGAUCGCAAGGAUGAAGAGGAGGAGAACGACGAUAGUGCCGACGAAGGAGAGGACGAUAUCGACGAAGAGACAGGAAGCGUUGAUGACCUUGACCCAGGUGCUGUAGACGAAAAGCUCUGGGACGGUGGUAAUGAUGAGCAGCAGAAGGAUACUGAGAACGAAGAAGGAAAGGGCCAAUCAGAGGCCGAGCAACAAGCUGCUGCUCAGGAAGAGAAAAAGGAGGACAAGGAUGGUGAAAAGGGUGAAGAAAAGGCAAAGGAAGGAGAGGAUGAGGAAGAGGAAGAAACCGAGGACGAAGAGGCCCCCGAAGACGAGGGCGAGGCAGUUGGCCGUGAGGAAAUGGACGUCACCGAUCCUCAAGCAAAGGAAGAAGAAACACUUGAACUUCCCGAGGAAAUGCAACUCGAUGAUGGUGAAGGCAAGGACGACAAUGGCGAGGACGACGACGAGAUGGAUGAUCUUGAUGAUGAUUUCGGUCCUGCCCCCGAAGAAGAAGGGAAGGUCGAAGACGCCAAUGAUCAAGCCGGCGAAGAGGACGCCGAGGCAGCCCCGGAGGAUCAAGAGCCAGGCGCGGAAGAUGAAGAAAUGGCCGAUGAUGCGGAGGAAACCAACGAAGGCGAAGCCGGAGAGGAGGAGGAAGAGGAAGCUGGUGGAGAAGAUCCCGAGGAGCCUGAGCAAGACGAUUUCCUCGCACAGCGUGAUGAGAAUGAUGCCGCAGGUGACAACGUCGCUCCUAGUGAAGCUGUCACUGGAGGUCUCGGAGCCGAGCAAGACCAAAAUGAAGAAAAGGGUGCCUCAGGUGACGCUCAGCAGGAGAGCGGCUCGACUGAUCCCAGUGCGAAUGUCGACCAACAGACAGGUGCUGCCAAGGAUAGCGAGGAGAGCCAGCCCAGCAGAGACGCUGCUGGCGGCGAAGAUCACGGGCCAGAUGAACCUCAGAUGCAGGCAUUCAAGAAGCUCGGUGAUAUCCUCGAGCAAUGGCAUCGACGACAAAAGGAGAUCCUCAAUCCGUCCCAAGAGGAGGAGGAUUCCCAGGCUAUGCCCGAAGACACCGAUAUGGCCGACGCAGACUUCGAGCACCUCAGGGAUGACGACGAUGCCGCAGACACCCAGGCCCUUGGACAAGCGAACGACGACCAAACCCAAGCCCUCGAUCAAAGCAAGGGUGUCGAGUCCGACAUCAAGCCUGGUGAGAACGAUGUUCUCCCAGACGUGUCGGAUGAGCAGCAGGAUGCCGUUGACAACCAGCUUGAGGAUGAGAUGCAAAUCGACCGUGAGACCGUUCCCGCCGAUGACGAUUCCGCCGGCGCCUUCAUUCCUAGCGGGCAAUCAUCCCACGACCGCGCAGACGGAGCACAGGGUACCGAAGAGAUAGACGAGGAACUUGAUGAAGUCGACUCGCAACUCGCAGCCAUCCACCUCUCCUCUUCGCUUCCCCCAUUGACUCCACAAGACGAAGCCCGCCGCCUCUGGUCGCACUACGAGUCUGCCACAAAUGAUCUCUCCCUCUCGCUCACCGAACAACUCCGUCUCAUCCUCGCCCCCACAAUGGCCACCAAGCUCCGCGGUGACUUCCGCACCGGAAAGCGUCUGAACAUCAAGCGUAUCAUUCCCUACAUCGCAUCCCAGUACAAGCGCGACAAGAUCUGGAUGCGCCGCUCUAUCCCCUCGAAGCGCAACUACCAGAUCAUGCUGGCUGUCGAUGACAGUAAGUCUAUGCUAGAAAGCGGCAGUGGCCAGCUUGCCUUCGAGACCCUCGCCCUUGUUGCGAAGAGUCUGAGCAUGCUGGAAGCUGGUGAUCUCUGUGUCCUCGGCUUCGGUAACGAAGAACAUGUUCGCGUCGCCCACGAGUUCGGAAAGCCCUUCUCCUCCGAGGCCGGCUCCCAGGUCUUCCAGCACUUCAGCUACCAGCAAACUGGUACCAAUGUGCGCAAGUUGAUCGCCGACUCUAUCGCUCUGUUCCGCGAGGCUCGCUGGAAGCGCUCGCCUGGAUCUGGCUCUGCCGAUCUCUGGCAGCUUCAGUUGAUUAUCUCCGAUGGUAUCUGUGAAGAUCAUGAUACCAUUCGCCGUCUUGUCAGACAGGCGCUUGAGGAGCGCAUCAUGGUUGUCUUUAUUAUUGUCGAUGCUGUCAAGGGUAGCUCUAUCCUUGACCUCUCCCAGGCUAGCUUCGAGGCCGAUCCUAACUCUGGUGGUGAGAUGAAGCUCAAGAUGAAGCGUUAUCUCGAGGACUUCCCCUUCCCUUACUACCUCGUCGUUCGUGAUGUGAGAGAGUUGCCCUCUGUUUUGGCUACUGCACUCAAGCAGUGGUUCGCUGAAGUUGUGGAUGUGUCGUCUUGA